AUGGGUUACAAAGUGAUUGGGUCAGACCGAUAUCAAUUACCAUUAUAUCUUACACAAAUAAUUAUACCAAAUGGGGUCUCACAAAUCAAUUCACAUUGUUUUUCUAAUCUUCCAAAUUUAAAGAAAGUCGAGUUUCCAGAGACACUUCGCAAUAUCAAUUAUGGCGCUUUUGCCUUUUGUUAUUCUCUUGAAAACGUCACAUUUUCACAAGCACUUCAAUCAAUCAGAAAAUUUGCGUUUUAUUAUUGCAUCAAUUUUUCACAAAUUGUUCUUCCAAUAAGUUUGGUUGACAUUGGCAGUUCCGCAUUUUCAAAUUGUGAAAACGUAAAGAGCAUUGAUGUUCCAGCUUUUGUUUAUUCAGUAAGUGGUGUGUUUGAUUCAUGUUAUUCACUCACUUCAAUUAACAUCAAAAACACUUGUGAAAAUAUUUCCACGUGUACAACUUAUAACGGACCUUUUACAAAUUGCAAUUUAGAAGAAAUUAUCAUUCUUGAGAGUGUUACUGAAAUUAAAAAUUCGAGUUUUGAAAAUAUGAAAAAUUUAAAACGUAUUAUUAUUCCAAACAAUGUGAUUUCAAUUGGAACACACGCGUUUUCAAAUUGUUUUCAUUUAUCCACAAUCAAACUUGGUAAUACAGUUGAAAGCAUAGGAGGGUACUGUUUUAAGAAUUGUGUAAGUUUGAUAAACAUCGAAAUUCCAGAGUCUGUCGUAAAAAUUGGUAAUGGCGCAUUCAAAAAUUGUGAAAAUUUAAUUGCAGUGACAUUUGGACGACAAAUACCAAAAUGCGAAAUUGAUAUAUUCGACAAGUGCAAAAUGUUAAAGGAAUUUUACGUUAAUGGGAAAAAGGUAACUAAUGUGAGUUUACCCGUCACAUACAAAAUAGCUCACAAUUUGACAGAAAACGGAGUUUGUUGUGAUACUAUUUUCUUCACUCGAAAAGACGUCAAAAAACACAUAGCAAUCGUUUUUGAAAAUGGCAAAAAAGUUGGAAAAAUUCCAAACAAUGUUGUUGGACUAUGUGAUAAUUGUUUCAGAAAAUAUAAAGAGGUGCAAACAAUUUUCGUUCCCAAAAGCGUUAAAAGUGUUGGGCGAUUUUGUUUUUAUAAUUCGGUCGGAAAAGAGAAUGUAAUUUUUGAAGAUAAAAAUGCUGUCAUAACAACUAAAGACGAAUUUUUGUUUUGA